AUGUCGAUAUCAAAUCAGAUAAUACUAAUGCACAUUACAUUUCUAUUUUUAUUGUUGCAUUUUCGCAGCUGCUACUGCAUCGGAAAGCCCGAACAAUCUCUUGAGCCGGUCCACCAAAGCCUUUAUCUAUCUGACGGAUUGAGCGAGACGUUAGAGCCUGGUCAAUUAAGCCGGUGUCUUGUCCGCCAGAGAGAGAGCGGAAAUCAAUGGGUCAAUUGCAUCCCAAAGGCAUCAAGUUUUGAGACAUCUGUGACAAUUCGGAAAGAUAUAGAGCUCUGUCUUCGCAAAAUCGAAUACAGGAGUCUGCUUGGCACGCCUGUGCCUGACGAAGAGAUUGUUUUCGAAUAUUACAGCUGCGUCUUGAAUGCAGAACUCGCUUACUUGAUCGACAGAAGGCAAGUGUCGGCUAAUCCGAAUUUCACAAUUGGCCUUGAGAUGUCGAUCAAACUCUCAAUUUUAAGAGCUGCGUGGACGUUUUCAAAGCUUUGUAUUUUAUCAUCGGUUGUGAUACUAUGGAAUAGAUGCUUGAAGAGUACCUUUUGGGACAGGAGGAUCCACACUCCGUCACACUUCGAAUGGGUUCAGCGAGUUCUUCCAUUAGCCACGAACAUGGCGAACGUUCACUUUCUAAAUCUAGAAACGAAACUUGUCAAUACGCUCCGCAAGCUUUAUCGACGAAUCAAGAAAGACGUCAAAACCAGGAAGCAAGUCAAUAUAAUGGAAAGUGGAGAAGAAGUAGUGACGUCAACUGACUCUCAGACUGUUUCUGAAGUAUUUGACUUCAUGGAAAACGCAUCACCCGCUUGUUGCAAUGACGAAAACACAGAUGCCGUGGCGGCAGAUGUUCAAGUUAGAAAGCUUUCUGUCAAUUUGACUUCCAAAGGUAAUGGCCUUGUGUUCGACUUGACCACGAAAGAAGGUAGGAAAGAGUGGAAAGCCUAUAUCAACAGAGACAAAGGACAAAUGCUUCCGCCUAAGGAAAGCGUUCUGGAGAAUAAGGCAAUUGUUAACAGUGCCUUAAUGGACUGGACAAAAGCGGAGAAAGUACGGCCCAUCGAGCUAGACCCUGCCUUGCAAAAUGUGCCCCUGUAUGAUAAACACGGCAAGCCGUUACGCCGAGUUUGCGUUCCAGGCAUCGGGUGGAUAUCAAGGCGAAAAUAUCUGGAGCAACAGCUCUAA